AUGUCUCUUCUAACCGGAUUCAGUGCUUUCGAUAUAAACGUAAAUGCAUGCAAAAUAUGCAAAGAAAGCUACGAAACGAUGGGAUCAAUCAUCUGCCCCCAAACGGAUACCAAAAUGUUGGAAAAAAUUUACAAAAGCACCAACGUGCGGGUGCAACCACGCAAGGGAAUCAUCACACCCGUGUGUGAAUAUUGUCGAAGUCGGAUCGAUGAGUACGAUGAAGAUUUUAAGCCGUAUAUGGUGGAAUAUGAUCUCGAGAGUGAUCGUGUAUCGGGAGAUGCAGCAAUCGAUCCGUUAGCUUGUGCGUCGAGAAAUAAAACGCAUAGUGCUAAUGAUGUGCAAGACAAGAAACGUUUUAGCAAAACAUCUUCGGACGAUGGAGAAGCACUUGCGCUUGGUGAAAACUGGGGAAAGAUGGCCGUUUUAAUAAAACCAACCGAAUGCACUAUCUGCGGGAAGCAAGUAAAAUCGAUGGCGGAUCAUAUGAGAAUUCACAAAUCCGAUAAGAAGUACAAAUGCACCUUCUGUGAUAAAUCUUUCGCGCAAAGCAACAAUCUGACCUACCACAUUCGAAAGCAUACAGGCGAAAGACCGUAUCAGUGUGAAAUAUGUGACAAAAAAUUCAUCACCAACGCGCACCUUCUGUCGCAUGCGAAAUUUCACAAAGAUGUGGAAUUUCAGUUUCAGUGUGAAAUUUGUAGUAAACUAUUUAACCAUGUAGGAAAUUUCAACAAGCAUCAGCGAGUUCAUUCCGGAGAGAAACCGUACCGUUGCGAGUUUUGUGACAUGACGUUCAAUAAUAUUUCCAACAAAAAGUUGCACCAAAAACGGCAUCGGGAUGAGCGAAACUUUGUGUGUCAGAUUUGCUCGAAAGGUUUCCAUGAUGCACAUCACCUCGAGCGCCAUCAAACAGUCCAUCGAAAACGUGGGAAAAGUGAAAAUAGAAAAAAUAGCGCAUGA